ACACAACAUAUCGUCUGAGUCACAGAAACAUGGAAGUCCUCAAAAAAGCUUCACUCCUAUUAGUCCCUCUAUUACUCAUUUCCCUAUUCAAGAAUUCCCAUGCUGCAGGUAUUGCUAUCUACUGGGGCCAAAACACCCAAGAAGGCACCUUAGCAGACACUUGCAAUACUGGGAACUACCAAUUUGUGAACAUAGCUUUCUUAUCCACUUUUGGCAAUGGCCAAACCCCACAACUAAAUCUUGCUGGCCAUUGUGAUCCCCGUACUAAUGGCUGCACUGGCUUAAGCAGUGACAUAAAAUCUUGCCAAGACCAUGGCAUCAAAGUAUUCCUCUCCCUUGGAGGUGGUGCUGGAAGCUACUCUCUGAACUCAGCUGAUGAAGCCACACAAAUUGCAAAUUACCUCUGGAACAACUACCUUGGAGGACAAUCUAGUAAUUCGAGACCAUUAGGUGAUGCUGUGUUGGAUGGCAUUGAUUUUGACAUUGAAUCUGCAGGUGGAGGCCAACACUGGGAUGAACUUGCUAAGGCACUUAACGAUUUUAGCCAACAAACUAAGGUGUAUUUGGCUGCAGCACCGCAAUGCAUAUUCCCUGAUGCUCAAUUGGAUUCAGCUAUCAAAACUGGCCUAUUUGAUUAUGUGUGGAUUCAGUUCUACAACAACCCUUCAUGCCAAUACUCUAGUGGAGACACUAGCAAUUUGAUUAAUUCAUGGAACCAGUGGAUCACAGUUCCAGCUAAACAAGUGUUCAUGGGGCUUCCAGCAGCUGAGGCAGCUGCAAGUGGUGGUUUUGUUCCUGCAGAUGUUCUAACUUCUCAGGUUCUUCCUGCUAUCAAGGGUUCUUCAAACUACGGUGGAGUCAUGCUCUGGAAUAGAUUCAAUGACAUCCAAAAUGGUUAUAGUAAUGCUAUUAUUAGUAGUGUUUAAUUAUUUUGAAGAAUAGUAUUCUAUAUCAAUGGAAUAAUAAUCAGCACUUCUAGUUGUUGAUUGCUUUAUAAACAUUUUAUAUGUAAUAGUAAUAGAUGGCUUCCAGAUAAUACGACUUACACAAAUUUAAUAGAAAGUUCCCAAUGAAGUGUCAUUUUCAUUCUCAACAAGUUGUGAAAAAUC